UGACCAGCACAUUAUCAGCCUACACAGAGAAGAUCAAGGAGAUGUCCAUGCUGUCUCUGAUUUGCUCCUGCUUCUACACACAGCCACAUCCCAACAGCCUCUAUCAGUAUGGAGACCUGGAGGUCAAGGGCCUGAACAAGCGAGCAUCAGGCCAGUCAUUUGAGGUUAUCCUGAAGGAUCAAGACCAGUCCGGGGACAAAAGCCAGCAUCAGCCGCUGCCCUCCCCCCCGAGGAGGGAGGCUUCCCUGGAGGAGCUCCAGAGGAGGCUGGAGGCUGCUGAGGAGAGGAGGAAGUCCCAGGAGGCCCUGUUGCUGAAGCAGCUGGCGGAGAAAAGGGAACACGAGCAGGAGGUUCUCCACAAGGCACGCGAGGAGAACAACAUCUUUAGCAAGAAGACGGAGGAGAAGCUCACCCAAAAGAUGGAGGUCAACAAGGAGAACCGGGAGGCCCACCUCAAUGCCCUCAAACAACGGCUCCGUGAAAAAGAAGUCCACGCCGCGGAUGUGCGCAGGAACAAGGAACUCCAGGCAGACCUCUCGGGCUGAAGACGCUCUCUACGCUCUGGCUGUGGAUGUUACUUUUGAAACUCUUCCGUGUGUCAAAGUGUUCCUAGUCGUGCAGUAUUCACCAAUAUCAUCCCACAGUGCACCUUUCAGGACUCAAACUAGUUAUUCAGCACCAAAUAAUGUCUGUUUCAUUUUUAGGUAAACCACACACAUUUGGAAGUCAGGUACAUAUUCUUAUAUUGCCAAGUACAGCUAAAAUAAAGUCCAAUCCUGAG